AUGCUCGGGCUCUCUUUGCGUCCCCGGCAGCUGCGGCUGCUGUCGCUGCUCCCGCUGCUGCUGCCGUCUCCGUCCAGGGCAGCUGAGCCGGGGGACCGAGAGCGCAGCGAGCAGCUAGAAGCCAUCCGCAGCGCCAUCCUGAGCCGGCUCGGGCUGUCCGCGCCCCCGGACGUGCGCCCGCAGCUUCUCAGCUCCGUGGAAGUCCGGAGGCUGCAGCGCCGAUAUGAAGAGGCACUGACCCAGCUGCGGACCAACCAGAGCCUGGAGGCUACAGGCUCGGGCCGGAGUUCGCGUUCCCCUAGAGUCCCCAAAGUCCGGAUCCUGAUGCCUAAAUUGGAGCUCAGCCGGGAGAGCUUCCACCUGCUCCUCCACCGCAAGGCUCUGACUGCGGGGGAGCCGGAGGAGACGCGGGUGCUACGCGCCCAGCUGCGGCUGUUUCUGCAGCCACCAUCCCCGCUGACCCCGACUGAGUGGGCGCCCUCGCGGUUAGAUGCUGCGCCCCAGACCCUGACGCUCGACCUGACGCGGCCGCUGCAGCGCUGGCUCCAGCGCCGUCCGGCUCCGGCGCCCCUGCUGCGGCUGCCCCUGGCUUUGCCUCCCAACGUGACUCGGGAGCUGCUCCGGCAGCCCCCGGGCCCGCGCGCCAGCCUGCGCGUGGAGCUCCAAGAGCUUCCCCGACCCCGGCGGGCGCGAGCGCUGGAGCCCGACAGAGUCUGCGGAGAGGGAGGCGGGAGACGCUGCUGCGUCCGCUCGCAGCGCGUGUCUUUCAAAGAGAUCGGCUGGGACAGCUGGGUGCUGGCGCCGCGAGAAUUCGAGAUGCACUUCUGCGAGGGCUCGUGCCCGCAGGGCUACCGGCCGGCCAGCAUGCACGCGCAGCUCAAGGCGCGCCUGCACCGCCUGUCCCCGCCCUGCUGCGUCCCCUCUGCCUAUGAGCCCAUGGUGCUCAUGCACUACGGCAGUGAUGGACAGAUAGCGUUCACGCGCUACGAAGACCUGCUCCCCACGGGCUGCCACUGCGCCUGAGCCCCCGGACUUGCGCGGUGGAAGGAACCGGUCGCUGGCGGCGUGGGAAGGGCGGGCAUCCGGCUGCCAGGCUGCCCAGCCUCCUAGACGUUCCCAAGCUGAUCUCCAGACUUCGAAUCCGGAGCGACUGAAAAAUAUAGCUGGGCUGGCCCCCGUGGGCGCCUCUGUGAUAUUGGCCAAAGAAUGGAGCUGAAGGUGGCCCACGGUGUGAUGUUUCCUGAGAGGCAGCCGUUAUUUAUAGAAGCAUAUUUAUUGAUAAUUUAUUGAGGGGGGGCGGGAAAUGAAAGAUUUGUAUCACUCUUGUUUUCUGGCCAGUAUUUAUAAUGACUUCUGUUACACCAUGGAUCCUCUGUUACUUUGGAAAGUGGAUUUAAAAUACUAAAACUGAAUCAAGUUGAAUCUUGAGUUGG